GGAGUGACCACACGAUGAUUCCAAUGGAAACACGGAGAAGCCCAUUAAAGAGUCCAAGGCAAGCCUCCUCUCCAUACGAUGAUCUUUUUCAGCAGUAUCUUUGCUUUGCUUUUGAAACUGUGCUUUGGAUUUUGAACCGUCAUAUUGUAUUAUCCAGAGUUUUGAAUAAUCAUGGAAAAAACAUUGAACGUGUCGCAUUCAGGGAGCAGUAAAGGAAAGUGGUCAUUGGAUCUGGGGAAUCCCGCACACAGAGAGGCAAGAAGCGGCUCGUAUAGUCCGGGAACAGGGGCUGUUUCGGACACUCACCCGUCUCAGACCCAAAAACGACACUUGGAAGGGGUUUUGAACAAAUACACCAAUUUACUGCAAGGCUGGCAGCACAGGUACUUUGUGUUGGACCCUGAGCUCGGCCAGCUUCAGUAUUUCAUCAACGAGCACAGUAAGAACCAGAAGCCACGAGGGUCCCUGCCCCUCAUCGGCUCCGCGGUGGCCCCAAGCGACGAGUUUCCCUAUAUGUUCACAGUCUGUGCAGCAAAUGGAGAUUUCUUCAAACUACGGGCCUGUGAUGCACACGAGCAGCAGAUGUGGAUGACCCAGCUUCAGCUGUGUGCCCGUCGCCACUCAGACGGCAGUGCCAAGGGCUGCACCUCAUCUUCCUCCUCCUCCUGCAACACAUCCUCUUCCUCAUCUGUCGGCCGGACCCGCAGCUUCUCCCUGCACCCGCACCCUGUCCCACAGUGCUCCUCCAUCUCCACCCAAAGACAGACCCCCCAGCAUGGGACUCCUGCCUCUGUCAUCACCAUCACCCACCACAAGUCCCCCACCGCCAGCCAACGGGCCUGCAGCCAGCAUCCUGCAGGACUGCACCAGGUCAAAGAGGUCAUGUCCCAGGCAGAGGGCCAGCAGAAGAACCUGGUGAAUUCUAUCGAGUCGCUGCCGAGCCGCGGGCCGCUGUCCUCCCUCGACCAGGACCUGCUCCUCCUCAAAGCCACGUCUGCAGCCACACUCAGCUGUCUGGGAGAAUGCCUGAGUAUCCUUCAGCACAACGUGUGCCAGGCGGCCCAACACAUCACCCAAAGCCACAUGCAGGGAUCACAUACAGAUAACAUCUGCAAUUGGUCAAGGUCCAAGACUGCCUCAGAAGACCAUGAGAAGAACGGAGAAUUGACACAUAACACCUCAACUGUACAUCAGCACCUCUCUCCACUUCACAGGAACAAAGAACGGCUCAAAGACACAGAGAGCUCCAGCUCAGAAUCGGUGGACUCCAGCGAGGAGAUCACAGACACAGAAGAUAAUGAGGAGGAAGACCUCGGAGUCUUAGAUGACCAGAGGAGCAUCAUCCUCCAUCUGCUGUCUCAACUCAAACUGGGCAUGGACCUCACACGGGUGGUGCUGCCCACGUUCAUCCUAGAGAAGCGCUCCCUUUUGGAGAUGUAUGCCAAUUUCAUGGCCCAUCCGGAUGUGUUUUUGGCCAUCACAUCGGGAGUGACGGCAGAGGAACGUAUGAUCCGGUUUGUGGAAUACUACUUGACCGCUUUCCACGAGGGGCGUAAAGGAGCGGUGGCCAAGAAGCCUUACAACCCCAUUCUGGGGGAGAGCUUCCACUGCACAUGGGACGUACAGCGAGAUAAAGUGCGGCCCCUCAGGACUACCAGCUCAAGUCCAGCCCCUGCGGCUGCUCAUUCUUCCCAGAUCACCUCCAGUGAGGGGCUAGGGUCUUACCGGCUACGGUUUGUGGCUGAGCAGGUGUCCCAUCACCCCCCAGUCUCUGGAUUCUACUGCGAGUGCAAAGAGCAGCAGAUAUGCGUCAACACUCAUGUCUGGACUAAAAGCAAAUUCAUGGGCAUGUCCAUAGGAGUGUCAAUGGUUGGAGAAGGUGUUUUACAUCUCUUGGAGCAUGAUGAGGAGUAUGUGUUCACACUGCCAUCUGCCUACGCCCGCUCCAUCCUCACAGUGCCCUGGGUGGAGCUGGGUGGGAAAGUAUCCAUCUCCUGUGCCAAAAGCGGAUACUCUGCCACCGUCACAUUCCACACCAAACCCUUCUAUGGAGGAAAGGUCCACAGAGUCACGGCUGAGGUAAAACACAACCCCACCGGCACCAUCGUCUGCAAGGCUCAGGGGGAGUGGAACGGGACGCUGGAGUUCACCUACAGCAGCGGAGAGACCAAAGUGAUUGACACGUCCAAACUGCCAGUCAUUAAGAAGAAGAUCCGGCCACUGGAGAAACAGGGCCAGUAUGAAUCAAGACGGCUGUGGCAGCACGUGACGGCAGCGCUGAAGGCCGGCGAUAUCGAUGCGGCCACUGAACACAAACACCAGCUGGAGGAGAAACAGAGGAGAGAAGGGAAGCAGAGAACCGCCAGCAGCACUACCUGGAAACCCAAGUACUUCAUUAAAGAGGGGGAUGGAUGGGUGUACCACAAUCCUCUGUGGAAGACAAAGUGAAGUCACGCUGGAGCCACAUGAUUGGGGUCCGUUACAGACCUCUAGCCCCACGGAUGGGGAGUGUCCAUUUGAGCGAGGGGCUGGCCGACCAAUGAGACUCGAGCAGGAGGGAAAGACAUUGAUCUGUUUUUCCAACUCUUAGUAUAGAGAAUGGAAGGUGCCAAAAACUAAAAAAAUGAACUUGAGGGUGGCAGAAAUACCUCAAAAAACCCUCUAGAUGAUGAAGAUUGGACGUGGAGGCCUGAAUUGUGUGACCUUGUGCAAUAUCUUUAUAUUUGUAUAUUACAUCUGGUAAUCAAUGAUACUGAGUAAAGUGAUUUUUCACACAGGAGAUGUAGCAUCUGUAUCAGAGUAUAACUGGUAUUUUAGAACAACAUAAAGGCAGAUAUUGAGUAUGUGAGUACAGUAUGUAUUCAUUUCCAAUAGAGCUCACCUCUCAUGUUCUUAUUUUAUUUGAAUGACUGAAUCAAUCUUACCAUAUGAGGACCGUAUUGUGAUUCAGUUGAGCUUCCUGAAGAAAAAAUAAAAUUGAUAUUUAAUAGAUUUAAAAAUGGUGUACAUGUAUUUUUCCCUCGUAAUGAUUUAGUAAGGUCAGUGAUAUGCAUGGAUUUCAGUCUCUUUACUUAUCCAUCAAAUGUAAGCUGGUUUUUAAAAAGCCGAUCUUCAGAAAUUUGACCUUUGCAUGGUUUAAUUUUUAACAUUAUACAUUUCUUUAACAGAAAAACCUAUUUCGAAGACUAUUCCUGCAGACGCGAAUGCCGUUUGUGUCACUUAACUCGUGUGUUCAAACAAAAGCAUUCUGAAAACAAACCAAAAAAAGCAUGGUGCAUUUAACACUAGUUGUUUUAAUAGGGUGCAAAAUACAGCCUAUUUGUUCUUAACAAGUGGUCCUUGAAACGAGGUGAUCUAAAAAAAUAAAAAAAACUAAGUUCAAAACAUUUUCUAUUCUCUGACAUUUGCCAUUUUUUGGUUUUGUCUAAUUAGCUUCAAUUUUAGUAAUUUUUCAAAGAAAUGUUAAAAAAAUAAUUCUUUUGUGGCUUUAAAAAAAAUGCUCUAAAAAGUAUACAGCUUUGGUGGAAAGUGAAACGCAUUCCAUUUGCAAUAUAUCUAAUGUAGUAAACCGCAGCUGUCAGUUAAACUGGCUUGAGUUUGAAUCAGAAUAAGGAAACGUCAGACUGAAGCCUACAUUUUUCAGAAUAGUGUUGUCAUGAGGUACUUUUCCAGUCACAUGACAAGUACAGCUCAUCUGAUUCACUUUAGACGACAGCACCUGCUCGAUGUAAUGUGCAGGAGCUGCUACCUAGAGGAAACCCAUAGAAUAACACCAAUGACCAGCAGCUGGAGCAGACGUUUUGAAUAACAUUUCUAUUAAAACAUGACAAAAUAAAAAAAAAUUAAAAGGAUGUGAGAUUACAAACAUGGAUAAGGCAGAUUCUUUCAUUGAUUCUUUUAUUCACAAAUGGCAUCAACUCAUUCUCACAAACAGCAUCUUUGCCUCUCCCUCGUUUUUUAAAUUUUUUAUUUUACAAUUUAUGGAAUAAAUUUUAA